AUGACAUGCAAGCAAACAACCAAAUAAAGGAUUUCAAGACAAAACAAAUGGUAUUCACUUCCUUCAUGUCACAUGAGGCUGUCAGCUUCCUACCCCUACUUCCAGGAAGCAUGGCAAAGGCAAACCUUCCCAAUAAAAGGUAUACCUUGGCAGAGGUUUUGGAUAUUCUUGAUGCAGAUAAUCCCCCUGCAACUAUCUCAAAUGUUACAGUUGUGCCGGAGUCUGAGAAGAAAGCUCAUGACACAGAUUGUGACAGCUGGAUUUGUCUACCAGAUGGAGCCAUAUGCAGGUAGCCACACUCGACUUGUUGAAACUGGACUGGGUCAGGGUCCAAGUGUGGUUCUUGGCUUGGCAGAGAAAGCUGGAGUGCCACCUGGAUGCAAGUUCUAUUAUGACAACCUUUUUACAACCCUCACCCUGGUUGAUGAGAUGACCAAAAGGGGCUACGGAAGCUGUGGCACACUUUGGGAAAAUCGUCUCUUUGAUAUCCCACUGACAUCAGCAAAGAGCUUCCGGAAGACCUCAAGAGGUGAUGCCGAAUUCCUUGUUGAAGAUGGAAAACUGAUCAUGAGAUGGAAUGACAACAGCGUGGUCACUGUUGUGACCAAUAUGGAGCAGUACUCAGAUGUCAACACUCAACAAUGGAACAAACAGAAACAUGCAAUGGAUAAAGUGAAACAGCCUACAUGUAUAAAGAGCUACAACGCACAUAUUGGAGGUGUUGACCUGCACGAUCAAUGUGUGAACCGAUUGGCAUCCGAUCAAAGAAGUAGUGGUGGCCAUGCUACAGCUGGGCAAUCAGCAGUGCUAUGGUCAAUGCCUGGUGUUAUUACAGGUCAUGUAAAGAGGGAGAUAGAGAUCUCCUCUCCUUCCAAAGGCUGGUUGCCCAGAGUCUCCUCCAGUGCCAUGGGAUGAGGGCACAGUGGCAUGGAAGAAGGUCAGUGUUGGGCUCUGCAAUAUGUGAGGCUGCCAGAUUUGACAACUUGAACCACUGGCCCCACAACACAGGGAGAAAGUACAUGAGGUGUCGAAAAUGUGAUGGACGCACUCCCUUUGCAUGUGAGAAAUGCAGUGUUGCCUUGCAUGUUGAGUGCUUCAAGGUCUUUCAUGUGAACCACUAAAACUCUACCCAGGAGGGAGAGGAAUGGAGAGAGACAGAAAGGGAGAGCGGGGAGGACACAUAUGACAUCAAUUCAGAAUGUCUUUUGAAAGAAAUUGCCUGUAUGCACUGAUGUUAUUUUUUCUUCAUUCUGUUUAUUUUCAUUUAACUUUUUGAUACACAAUUCCCUGUUGGGGCAACUUAAUUUCUGCACUUUGUUCUGCACUGUUCCACCAGUUUAAGACAAAUGGGUUUGUUGAUGACUGUUUAAAUCCCCAUGUAUUCAAGAUAAUUUGGACAUUUUUAAGUGUUUUCAUAUUCAAGAAAUUAUAAGCUAGAGGCUGCUUUUUGGGUUCGCAGCGAAUGUUCUUACACUUUUAUACAUAAAUUUGUUUAUGAAUAAAGAUUAAUCUGUUGAAACCAGUUAUUUUGAGUUAGAUGCCAAAUGUUCUCCUAUAUUCAAAUUUGACAUUGAAGGGGUGCAUACAACAUAUUUG